AUGCCAGCGCCCCGUGGUCGUGGUGGAAAGUUCAAGCCCUCACGAGGAGGAGGCAAACACUUCAGUCGCGAUCUCCAGCCUCUCGAUAAGGAUGGCAACGCCCUUGGCCUGUGGCGCGAACCAGCUGAUGAAGUCCCAUCCUCCGGCGAAGAGGAAUCCUCUUCCGAAGAGAGCUCGGAAGAGAGCGACGCUGAGGGCGCCGGGCCCAGCACCAGCACCACCGCUAACUCCGCAGAAUUGACCCGUGAGGAACGCCGCAACCAAGCCAAAGCCAAGAAGCAAGCUGCACUGGCCCGCCGCAACAAGACCGCUGCCCAGGUUGGAGACCUACCCCCCUCGGACUCCGAUGCCUCGGAGGAUGAAGCGCUGCCCGCGAACCCAAACCACACUGCUCAGUCGCGGAAACAACUAGUCAAGGAGGAUGAAGAUGCCCCACAGCCCAAGAAAGUUGUUAAGGAUGUCUCUCAGCUUUCACGACGAGAGCGUGAAGCCCUCCAGGCGCAACAAGCCCGGGAGCGGUACCUGAAGCUUCACGCCGAGGGCAAGACCGACGAGGCGCGGAGUGAUCUGGCGCGAUUGAAGAUCAUUCGGGAGCAGCGUGAGGCAGAGCGUGCUCGCAAGGAGGCUGAGAAGGAAGAAAGAGAUGAGCAGGCCAAGGAGCGCAAUGCGGCCAUUCUAGCGCGCGAGGAGAAGUUGAGGGCUGCGGCUAUGGGGAAGACGGUGAAGGGUGGAAAGAAGAAAUAG